AUGGCUGCUUCCAAGCCCUUCACUGUCGCCAUCGUUGGCGGCGGCCUGGGCGGUGUCGUUCUGGCCAUUGGCCUCCUCGCCCAGCGGGUCCCUGUCCACAUCUACGAAGCUGCAAAGGGCUUUGGCGAGAUUGGUGCUGGCGUUGCCUUCGGCAUAAACUCCGUACGCUCGCUUGGUCUGGUUUCGCCCGCCUUACUCGAAGCCUAUGCCAAACAUGCAACCUUCAACGCCACCCCUGGGCUCCAGAAGACCUUCCUCUCCGUCCGCUACGGCAUGUCGACGGGAGACGACAAAGGCGCAGGCGAAUGGUGUUUUGAUCUGAACAGUGAUGACCCUUGUUCCGCCUUUCCCGCGAGAUGCUGUGUGCACCGCGCCAAGUUCUUAGACGAGAUCAUCAAGCUGGUCCCUGAGGGCACCGCCUCUUUCGGCAAGUCCCUGACGAAAAUCGACGAGGAGGGUGCUGGCGUGCGGCUGCAUUUCUCCGACGGCACGUCUGCGUCCGCCAACGCCGUCAUUGGAUGCGACGGCAUCAAGAGCAAGGCGAGGCUCUUUGUCCACGGACCAGGAGCCCAGCCCGUCUACACUGGCGACUAUGCCUACCGGGCCAUGGUGCCAUGCGAAGUGUUUGAGAAGGCCCUGGGUCGCGAGCUGACUUUCAACGGUCAAAUGUACGUGGGGCAGGGUGGAUAUAUCGUCACUUACCCCGUCGACCACGGCCGCCUCGUCAACGUGGUCGCCUCUCGAAGCAAGCCCGGCAGCACGUGGGACCAUGAAGCAUGGCUCCUGCCGUCGACCGAGGAAGAAAUGAGAAGCGAGCUCCGAGGAUGGUAUCCACCUCUCGUCAGCCUGCUUGCUGCAUACAGCACCAAAGAAAAGUGGGCACUCUUUGACUACCCGCAUCAGCGCCAGUACUGCCACGGCCCCGUGUGUCUCUUGGGAGACGCUGCCCAUGCAACCACGCCGCAUCUCGGAGCUGGGGCGGGGCAGGCCAUGGAAGAUGCUUAUGUCCUGAGCCGUCUCAUAGGAAAAGCGGAGAAGGCGGACGACUUGGCCAGCAUGUUUCAGGCAUACGAUGCCGUUCGCAGGCCACGGACGCAGCAGAUUGUGCAAUGGAGCAGAUUAAGCGGGCACGCGCUUGCUUGUAUGGAAGAAGGCGUCGGCGACGAUUCUGCAAGAAUUGAAGACGUGUCGAACCAGAGAUUCAGGGCCGUGUGGUACGAGGAUUUAGAGAAGGAGUUGCAGGAGGCGACGGCUCUGAUGGUGUCAUUUCGCAGGACUGUUCACCGCGAAAGCCACUUCUUCACCGGGGGAGACAUGGCCACCAACAUGAGACACUUGGACGAAGAGGCUGCCGCCUGGGAGGCUGACCCAGCCUGCCUUCGCAGCUGCGAGCUGGCGUACGAGGCUCUCAUGCAGCAUGUCCCGCAGCUCCAGCCAGGGGUGAAGAAGCCCGACAUAAUGGAAACAGGCUGCGGAAGCGGCAUCCUGUCCGCCAUGCUGGCGCCGCAUGCCCAUACCCUCACCGGGACCGACAUUUCCGAGGCCAUGGUCGCCGCUUUCAACGCGAAUGCUGCCGCGCGAGGCACAGAGCACGUAGAGGCGAUAGCUUACGAUGCAAGCGAUCCCGACUUUACCGCUGCGCCAAAUGCCAUGGCCCGGCUGAUACAGAAGGUGGACGGCAAAGCACCCGAGGAUCCUAUCCGAUGGGAUCUGCUCAUCAGCAACACCCUCACCCAUCACUUCGCCGACAUAGACCAGUGGAUGCAGAUCGCAUAUUUCUGCCUGGCGCCCAAUGGGCGCGUGGUCAUGGUCGAUUUCGAGGACACUGGGCCCGACGCAGCACUGUUCCACCCUCCGGGGAAGCGAGAAGCCGUGGCGAUGCGCGGCGUGAGGCCAGAUGAGAUAGCGAAAUGCUUGAAGGAUGCGGGCUUUGUGGACGUGUCAGUCAAGAGGGUCUUUUCCCUGGAAAAGGCUGUGGACCCAGCCGAGGCGGGCGGGAGGACGUUGAUCGAGUUUCCAUUUGUGUUAUGCCAGGGGACCAAGCCGAUGCGGUAG